AGGUAUCGCGCACUGAGACGUUGCUCGGGAGCGCGCACGCCGUGUGCAAGGAGGGCUGACGUCAACGCGCCCUUAAGCUCGAAAAUGCUUAGGAGGGUCGCCGGAGCUGUGGUCACUUCAAUGCGGGAAGACAUGCGAUUUUACCUGCGAUAAAAGGGGCUGUACGGUAACACCGGGUUGGUGUCGCAGUCGUCCAGCUAGGCCUGAGCUUGCGGUCUUAGGUCAGUCCUGAGUAAGCCAGCAGUAGCCGGCGACAUUCCUGGAGGGAUGUCGAAUCCCGGGACUCGGCGGAACGGCUCCAGCAUCAAAGUCCGGCUGACAGUAUUAUGUGCCAAGAACCUGGUAAAGAAGGACUUCUUUCGUCUACCGGACCCUUUUGCCAAGGUCGUAGUUGAUGGAUCGGGACAGUGCCAUUCUACGGAUACGGUGAAGAGCACUUUGGAUCCCAAGUGGAACCAGUAUUAUGACCUAUAUGUUGGGAAGAGCGACUCCAUAACUAUCAGCGUGUGGAAUCACAGGAAAAUCCACAAGAAGCAGGGAGCCGGCUUCCUGGGCUGUGUCAAGCUGCUGUCCAACGCCAUCAGCAGGCUGAAGGAUACUGGCUACCAGCGUCUGGAUCUAUGCAAACUUAACCCCACUGACAGCGAUGCUGUGCGUGGCCAAAUAGUAGUGAGUUUACAGACCCGGGAUCGGAUCGGGAGCGGCGGGCCUGUCGUCGACUGCCGGGGCCUUUCGGAAAACGAAGGGCCAGUCUAUGAAGACUCUGGGCCAGGAAGACCCCCCAGCUGCCUCAUGGAGGAGCCCCUGCCCUACACUGACAGCACAGGGGCGGCAGGCGGGGGCGUCUGCCACUUCCAGGAGUCGCCCAAUCAAGAGCAGCGGCUCCAGGUGCAGCGUAUAAGGAGCCAGGAAGCCAGGGGCCACGCCCACACACCUCAGAACCGGCCACAUGGGCACCAGUCACCAGAGCUGCCCGAGGGCUACGAGCAAAGGACCACAGUGCAAGGGCAGGUUUAUUUUUUACAUACGCAGACUGGCGUAAGCACCUGGCAUGACCCAAGAAUACCACGGGACCUAAACAGCGUGAGCUGUGAAGACUUAGGCCCUCUUCCCCCAGGCUGGGAGGUCAGGAGCACAGUGUCGGGGAGGAUUUAUUUUGUGGACCAUAACAACCGGACGACACAGUUCACAGACCCCCGGCUGCAUCACAUCAUGAGUCAACAUUCGCAGGCGAAGGAGUCGAGCCAGGCCCUCCCGGUGCCGGCGGAGACCCCCGUGGACGAGGGGCCCGAGGGCGAGCUGCCCGUGCGCUGUGAGCGUGACCUGGUGCAGAAGCUGAAGGUGCUGCGUCACGAGCUGUCGUUGCAGCAGCCCCAGGCCGGCCACUGCCGCGUCGAGGUCUCUCGCGAGGAGAUCUUCGAGGAGUCUUACAGGCAGAUUAUGAAGAUGAGGUCUAAAGAUCUGAAGAAGCGUUUGAUGGUAAAAUUCCGUGGAGAAGAAGGCCUCGAUUAUGGUGGUGUGGCAAGGGAGUGGUUGUAUCUCCUUUGUCAUGAGAUGCUGAAUCCGUACUACGGACUCUUCCAGUAUUCAACUGAUAACAUAUACACCUUACAAAUAAAUCCUGACUCCUCCAUCAACCCUGACCAUUUGUCUUAUUUCCACUUUGUGGGUCGGAUAAUGGGCCUGGCCGUGUUCCACGGGCACUACAUCAACGGCGGCUUCACGCUGCCCUUCUACAAGCAGCUGUUGGGGAAGCCCAUCCAGCUGUGUGACCUGGAGACGGUGGACCCCGAGCUGCACAAGAGCCUGGUGUGGAUCCUAGAGAAUGAUAUCACGACUGUCCUGGAUCAUACAUUUUGCGUGGAACAUAAUUCUUUCGGUAAAUUUCUUCAGUAUGAACUCAAACCUAAUGGUAGAAACAUCCCCGUCACAGAAGAGAACAAAAAAGAGUAUGUGAGGCUCUAUGUGAACUGGCGGUUUAUGAGAGGCAUUGAAGCCCAGUUUCUAGCCCUGCAGAAGGGCUUCAAUGAGUUGAUCCCACAGCAUCUGCUAAAGCCGUUCGAUCACAAGGAGCUGGAGCUGAUCAUCGGCGGCCUGGGCAAAAUCGACCUGAGUGACUGGAAGACCAACACCCGGCUGAAGCACUGCGUGGCCGACAGCAACGUGGUCAAGUGGUUCUGGCAGGCGGUUGAGUCCUUCGACGAGGAGCGUAGGGGGCGCCUGCUGCAGUUUGUAACGGGUUCCACCAGGGUGCCCCUGCAGGGCUUCAAAGCACUACAAGGUUCUGCAGGAUCUGCAGGACCAAGACUGUUUACCAUCCACCUGAUCGAUGCCAACACGGACAACUUGCCGAAAGCUCACACCUGCUUUAACCGCAUUGACAUGCCGCCCUACGAGACGUACGAGAAGCUCUACGAGAAGCUCCUGACGGCGGUGGAGGAGACAUGCGGCUUCGCCGUGGAGUGAGGAACGUCAGCUUGAGCGCUGGUCCAUUUCACCGAGGAGGCCAAGAGGGGUCUGUCUACUAGACCCAGCUGGAUUUGGAGAGGGGGCCACACGGGUCUGGGCCUGGAAGCACCGUCCCCAGGCCAACUAGAACCACCCAAUGAGGUGUGGCUGCCUGAGUGUGCAAACUAGGAGUCCCUCUCGUCUGUGCGGUGUGGGGGCCACGUCUUCAGCAUUUCCAACCGAGCCUACGUGUCCCCCAUGAAGAGUGCAGCCUACACCUGCGGAGAACAGAUCUUUCUGGCCCUGGAGGCUGGAGCUGCCUCCCUGCCAUACAGCUGCUCUCUGUAUCAGAGGGAGGUUCACCACCACUGCUUUUGGCUGUAUCUUCUCGUCGGAUUGGUUUAGGCCCGUCUAGAGCAUGGAAUGCUGGGUAAAAAGUGGCACUGACACUAAACGCUUCAGUAACACAGAUUAAUACAUGUAUUGUGUUCUUCGUGCCGGCUCGCAAUAUUUUUCUAUGAUCCCUUUAGGAAGAGGAUGGCUUUGUGCGUUUCAGGCUUCCGAACCUAUGUUCCUGUUUUUUAGGUCACUGUAACUUUUGCAUCCCCCCCCCCCCGAUGUUUGUCCUUGGUGGUUUACCGUGUAAAAUGUGUUUUAAGAAGAAGGUAUUUUUAUCGCAGUAAGGAUGUUCUCAUGUCAGGCCAUUCUUCAGAUAUCGACGGGGAAUCUCGGCCAAGGCGGCAGCCCUCCCUAGACUGCCGCAGAUGUGACGGAGUAGCACAGAAAAAGAGAAGACCGAUCGCGCCCUAUCAAUGGGCAGGUGAUGUGACAUCGACGCAGGGCAGUGUGGGAUCCACACUUUUUUACAUUUCAAGAUCAGUCCAUGUAAGAAUGUUCCUAUAGACAUAUUCAUGUAUGACACCUACGCUGGAGGAAGGCGGCAGCAGUGAUUUUAUGCUGUAUGGAAUUCACAGCAGAAUCAAGGUACACUGGCUUAGUUGAAUAUAAUAAACUGAAUAGCAUCUAUUCUGAUAUAAGAACUCAAUGUUUACAAGGAAAAACAAUGUGUGUCUAUAUGAAGCCUUGAACUAAUAUGGAUUCCAAAAGUUUGUUAAAAAUGCAAAACUGUCAGAUUACAGUGUACAAACUAUAGAAAAUUCUGUUGCUCUUUCUAAAUCCAUACUGGCAACCAUACCUCAGUCGCUUUCUGGAAGUCGUUGUAAUAUAAUAGUUUAUUUUUGUAUUUUUCUUUUGUGCGGGGAGCAGUAGGAAAAGUAUUUCACAAUGCCCUGAAUGCUUCGAGACGUAAUCGGCCAAGUGUUGAUCGGUAUUGCUUGCUGUUUGUUAGGCCUGUUAAGGGAAUGGUUUUAUAGCGUAAUAGCUCAUCGGUUUAGCUAUUUCAUUAGACAUGCAAGUAACAUUUUUUUUCUCGGCAAAGAAAUACUGUGAAAAAGGUGCUUUAGCCACUUGAUUGUGAAUAAAGUGGUAAAUUUUAACUCUUAAAUAGUCUGGUUCCCCUGUAACUUCAUUAUAACUGGAGGGAGCAAAUUAGGUCAAAUUUCAGAGUUUGGCACUUGGUUUAUAUAUAACUGUGUAUAUAUAAGCCAACUUUAUUAUUAAAUGUUCUGCAACCACUUCAUCAUGUUGGACUAAUUAUUUAUUAAUUGCGUAAUUCUUUUUUUAUAUUGCUGCUAUCACCAUUGUAUACUUUUAAAGAAAGUUAUUGUCUGUAUGUCUGAAUAAUAAUAAAGAAAAGCUGCUGCUAUUAUACACUAAGGAAGCUCGUAGAAAUCCUUAAAGAUGAAUGGAGCUAGUGCCCAGAGGCCAUGAUGUUCGUGUUUGUGAUAUAUGCAAUAAAAAGUGACAUUUAUACACUAACCCUUGGGUUAAAAUAAAAUGCCAUUAUUGUUUUUUCCCCCUCUGUAUUGUCUCUGUAUUUGCAAAACUCCUCUAACAAUGAUAGUGGGUGUUGUUUGGAAACGUUUAAUUCUGCAGAUGGAUUUGUUAUUAAGGUUGAACUUUGGUGGACAUUAAAAUGGAAUGUGCCUAUGGACUGUUCAAUGUAGCCUUUGUAAUAAUAUGCGUUCAGGAAAUACAUUCCUAUAUAGUUUGUUAAAUGCAUUAUUAAUCUGCACUUGUAGCUAGUUUUUUUUUUAUGUGCUUUUGUGUUUGCGGAAAUCGUCUAACCUCUAAAUUUGCUGAACAUCAAUUAUAUUUCUUUUGUAAAUAUGAUUUUGAAAUAAAUUAAUAUAAAUCUA